AUGAACCAACGAAAACCCAAGUCUACAAAUGCUCAUGUUGUUAAUGAGGACAAUGAUGACUCUGAUGUUCUUCAACGGUACCCAGACGUUGACGGUCACUUCUCCCUUGUCAGGAAUUUUCGCCUUGCGGACUUGGUGACAAUAAUGAAUGGUGUUUGCGGAUCGCUUUCGAUAUUCUCGUCAGCAAGAUAUCUCGUUACAAAUGAUCCAGACUACCUCUGGACUGCUCUUUGGUGUCCGUUAGCAGGCCUUAUAUUUGACUUCCUCGACGGGAAGGUAGCACGGUGGAGGAAAUCAAGUAGUAUGUUGGGGCAGGAGCUGGACAGCUUGGCUGACCUGAUCUCUUUUGGAGUCGCCCCUGCCCUGUUGGCAUUCGUCGUUGGGCUACGAACGUACCUCGACACCGUCAUCCUUACCGGCUUCAUAUGUUGUGGACUCGCUCGCCUUGCCCGUUUCAAUGCGACCGUCGCACUUGUUCCAAAAGACAAUUCAGGCAAGGCUAAAUACUUUGAAGGUCUUCCUAUCCCCUCAUCGUUGGUCCUUGUGGGCACGCUGUCGUUCUGGGUCAAAAAGGGGUGGAUAGAAGGUCAGGAUGGGAUUCCCUACGGAACUAUUACUUUGUGGGGCAGUGAGGGGGGUCGAGGGGAGCUACAUAUGGUCAGCAUAAUUUUCGGGGCUUGGGCGGCAGCGAUGGUCAGCAAGACGCUACGUGUUCCUAAACUUUGA